AGUUUUAGUAUAUAUUGAUGGAAAAACGUAUUUUUCCUGGUUGUGUCUCUCUAUAAAUCGGACCUUUCGAUGAGAUAUUUUUGUUAUCAAUGAGUUGUGAAGGAAGAUACGGGUGCCUAUUACUCUGUUGCUGAUAUACACCACGUGACCCCUAUUCAAAUUCGUGGAAACUUCGCAAUGUAAAACUAACCCUAAGAGGAUAUGCUACAAAGUAAGUAAUUCCAUAAUGACAGAUACCGAAGAGGUUCCCAUAGAAGUAAUUGAGUUACACAAUCAUAUGGUUGAUAAACUUGGAAGUGAAAUAGGACAAGAAGAUGACAGAUUCCAUCGAUUAAUCAAUCUGUUUGAUAGAAUUCCUCUCCAACCCACAGAUAAACAUGAAAUUAAAAACAUGUCAGAUCUUAUUGGGAUACUUAUGAAUUACACAACGAUCAAAUACGGAGAGUAUAAGGCAUUAACUGAUAAGCUGGAGAUAACUCAUAAACGAAUGAAGUCGUUGGUCAUUGAAUAUGUUAAGAAAAUGGACAUUGCCUGGAGGCGAGCCAGGGGAGAGAACUCCAGCAUGUCACACAAGACAUUUACAGAUCAAGCCACAGCAUAUGGUGGGAGCAGACAGAAACCUGGUGUACAGGCUGUUCAGGGUACGAACGAACAUCCCAAAACUGAUAGAGAGUGGCGGUUUUAUCUGGAUUGGAUAUCGGAUAAAUUAACCACUGAAAUAAGCACAGUUGCAACCUAUCUACGCGUUUCAUCAGAUAAGCAGACGCAAAUUCAUAAAGAUAACAACAUUCAACAUGAAAAAUGCUUCCAAAUUUUAUGGGAAUGGUAUAGGAAAGCACAAGAAACAAAUAAAAUAGAGGUCUUAAAGGAUGCGCUGAUCUCGGCUGAUAGAAAGGAUAUCACAGACUACGAUAUACCCCAAACAACAAGGUUCACUGGCGAUAUCCCAUCCCCAGAAACACCAGUGACUGCAAUCGACUUGCAGAAUGUGUCUAAACACAUCGGAACUGAUUAUCCUUCUUUGGCGCGGUAUUUUGGAAUUGACGAGGCUGACAUACAUGCGUCAAAGCAUGACAAAGAGAGAAUACAGGAGCAGGCCAGGGACGUACUUCAAAAAUGUACCAAUCAAACGCUGUUAAAAACACGUCAACAACUAUGUGAUGGUCUAUGUUACAAAGAACGCAAAGACAUCACCGAUAUACUGAUAAAGGGAUGGCAAGUUGCUAAAUGAGCCAAAACCAGCGGCAUAUUGAUUUUAAACCUAAUACGUUCUCACUUUUGCCAGCGUAUUCAAAUGUUCUUAAGUUUAAACCAUCACAGUGUCAAUGAAAUUAUUUACUUUUGCACGUCCAAAUCUUAGGUUCCUAUACAACUGUGCAAUCGCUCUGAAUACGAAAACUGCGGCAUUUCAUUGACAAAUACCUUAUUAUUGUAGCCAGUGCUCGCCAAGUCUUUCUGCAAAGGUUAUGAAGGAUGGGAAUGGAACAACAUGGUGUGUCAGUGCAAUCUGAUCAUAGACUUCAGUGAGUAAUAUCCCGUGUCUCAACUGGUAUUUACCUGUCAAAGUUACGUAAAGCGUAUACACCAUUCAGAAGAUCGUAUGCAUGCCUUCACGAGCUAACUAAUUUAUACUAAUUACAUUUUGUAUGUCGUAACACCUUUAUACUCUUCGGACACGUAUCUGUAAUGUUAUCGGAAGGGACGUGGCCACUACACUUUUAUUGUGUUUCUGAGUCUCCAUAUGGCCUGAAUAAUCUGAAAAGACCAUGUUUGCAGCAUGAUAUCGUCAGUGUUCGGGACUUCCAUCUACUAAUAACUUGGUCAUUACAUUUUUAUGGUGUAUCCGAGUCUCGCUAUGAACUGGUUUAAUAAGCAAAGACCAAGUUUUCAGCAUGAUUUCUUUCACGUUUUUGUGACUUCCACCAACAAAUAACAUCAAAACAAGUGGUAUACAAUACAAUGUGGAUGUGUCCCAACUCGCUAUAAAACUAUCUACUAAGUGUAUUAUACAAUUUGGUUAGCUUAUAAAUGAAUUUUGCAGUUAAAAUAAGAUAAUAAAAGAAGAAAAACAUAAUUGAAUAAAAAAAUAUGUGUCUCUUUAUUAGGUGUGUACAACAAUGUGUACAUAAUUGUGACAUUAUAUAGCUGAUCGUAGCUCUACAUCAUACAAAAUAUCGAUAUGACCAGGUGUUCCUGGUGUUAUAGCGUUGACGCAAAGGCGUUCCAAAAGACUGAAAUGUCGCUGUAGUUUUUUCUACUCUCCCGCAGGCUUAGCGUCGAAAUUACAACACAUAAGCGCAGCUUAGAUGCAAUCAAAGUGCGCAUCCUAGCGGAGAGCAAUGGUACUAAAGCAGGUAUUUCAG